AAACUCAAGACCGCCUGAGGUUAAAAGGGUAUGAUUUUAGGUAUAACUCUGGGACAAAACUGAAGCUUUGUUGGUUUUUACUUUCUAUGUAUCAAUCAAUCAAUUAGGGCGCCAAAUAACAGGACCCGCUAAAUCGCUGCGAUCACAGGAUCCCCUCAAUUCACUUGAGUGAUUUCAUCUUCUCCGAUCAAUUCCAGCUUUGUGCAUAAUCAAGGUCUUCAAAUAAAUGAUGAAAUCAAAGCCUAAGCAACCUUCAAAGAAAAGUUAUCCCCAGAAUGACCCUGAUACGGAAGAGUGUGUACAAGAUGGUUGGGUGGUUGUCAAGAAACAAAAAGUUACAAUCUUGAUCCCCUCUUUACCAAUCACCGAACAAUGCACAAUUCCGUCUAUAGCCACCAAAGAAGUUGACCACAUUAGACCUCCACAGGCAGAUCCACCUGUCACCUUGCCAUUGGCAACCUCAAAACCGAUCACGACACUCUCCAACCCCCCAAAGUUGAAUCAGAUGCCCAAACCACGAAACCCACAUAACUGUGAACCCAAUUACCGUAGAACACUUGGGAUUUGCAGUGCCCCAAAAGCAAAAAAAUGUUGUGGAAGUUUGUUUAAUGGGCACAUAUUUGCAAAUCCAAAGAUGAGGGCUUUGAAUCUUGAGAGAAAGCUUAAGAGAGCUGGUGGGCUGGACAGGUGGCUGGUGUCUAUUGGGCUGGGGCAGUUUGUGAAGAUUUUUAGGUGCAAACGUGUUGGCAAGGUUCAGUUGGUGAAUUUGACCAUGAAGAAACUGAAGGAUAUGGGUGCUGAUGCGGUUGGGCCUAGGAGAAAGCUGAUGCACGCUAUUGACUGCCUUUGGUAAACUUCAUUAGUGAUGAGAACACGUGUUGUUACCUAUAAUGUCGUUGUAUCGAUCAUAACUGAAUUUGAUACCUUGUUUAAAGCAAUCAAGAUUUAUAUAAACCAAUUUAUUGGUGUCGUAUCA